CGGCACUCACUGGCAGUCUGUCGCAGGAAAUGGUCGCGAGACACGUUGAUCUUAACCCCAAAACUCUCAACCUCGACUUGAGCUUCAACUCAUAACCCGGCACCCGGAUUCCACGAUCGCGUCACCCUGGCGCGGAUAAAUCCGAGACAAAUGCAGACAGCGCCUGCCGUCAGCCUCUUCCGAUGACGACCGGCUGAUAAUUUCAUUGACAAGUGAAGUGCCAUUGGCGCAUCAACGAGUCUCAGGUCGUUCCGUCUUUUUUUUCUCUCUUUUUGGCCCGAGGGAUCGGAAGAAAGCGCCUCUUGGCAGGCAGCACUGGGCAAACGGCACAAGAUGGGAAACAUGUUCCUCACCAACGAGGAGCUGGUAAAAAAGGACGACGACCACAAACCAGCUAAGCUUCCCUCGAUCCGUCCGCGAUGGAGCGCCGCCACCGGAGCCCCGAGAAGCAAGUUCCUGAAACGGCUUGCGAUGGUCUUUGCGCUGGGCGUCUUCGUCUACCUGUUUAUCAGCAACCUCCCCACCGAUCUUCCCAUUCGAGAUCGACGCCACCCCGUAUAUCGUGGCCGGCCCGAAGCCGAUCAGCCUCAUGCGCCGGGGCCGGGGUCGGGACGGAGGCCGGGGGGGAUGCCGAAGCUGUACGACCAGAAGCCCCAGCGGCAGAGCCCUCCACCAUCGAACGCCCCUCCGACGGCGCCAGUGCCCCCCCAGACCCCUUAUAGCGGGCCUAUCAUUUACCUAAAGCUUCUACCUUCGCUUCAGGCGAUAUACACCACCUCGGGCACCUCCACGGUGAAUAAAAACGUCCUGUUUGCUGCCGCCAAUCUGAAGAGUGCCGCCCUUCUGUUGCCGAUGGCCUGCCAGAUGGGGGAUGAGCUGAGGAAUUAUGUGCACUUUGCCCUCCUUGGCGGGAGUGGGAUUGACAUGGAACAGUUGCGCGCUGUCAAUGGCAUUGACGAGUCUUGCAAGGUUAUUUUCCAUGAUGCUCGCCCGGAUUUCGCCCAAGCGUCGGCUCCCGAGCGUCUCAGACAAAGCUCGGCUCGUGCGCUCCGCCACAUCAACAUGUAUAUGCACCCGCAGGCCGUGGUCAUUGAUGGUUCUGGUGUGGAGGAAGACUAUUUCCUAGCCGGCGUUAGGAAACAGGCGCCAGUUUUGGGCAUGCCUCUGAUUGAACUGCCUAAAAACGCACAUUCACGGCUGGCUUGGAUAACGAAGCUAGAUGCCUCGUCGUUGGCAGCCUGGGAUAAAACCAGCAUUGACAUCGUGAUCCAUGCGCCCUCCGCAAGUUCAGGGGGUCUUAUCCAUCUGCUCAAGUCAUUGUCAGAAGCCGACUUCUCGGCGGGCUCGGCACCUCAUUUGACUAUCGAACUGCCGCACGACGUGGACCCCGGCACGGUUGAAUUUCUGAAGACGUUUCAGUGGCCACCAGGCCGCUCCCGUCUCCCAUCCCACCCCCGCCAGCUCACGCUUAGACACCGCAUACCGCGCAGUAGGCUAACCGAGGAGGAGAGUUCGGUGCGUUUUCUCGAGUCGUUCUGGCCGAGCAACCCGAAAUACUCGCACGUACUUGUCCUCUCGCCUCAGGCCCAACUGUCACCUCGGUUUUUCCACUACUUGAAAUAUUCCGUGCUACACUAUCUGUACUCAGGAGCCGCCCUUACGCAGGAAUGGGACUCUCGGUUACUUGGUAUCAGCCUUGACCUUCCCUCUACUCAACUGGAUGGCUCGCAGCCGUUUGCGCCUCCUUCUGGAAAGGGGGCAACCCCCUUCUUAUGGCAAGCACCAGACAGCAACGCGGCGCUGUUCACGGGGCAAAAAUGGAUCGAGUUACACGGACUUGUUUCCCACCUGGUUGAAUACGAGCACAAAACUCAGCCGCCGCCCGCUUUCUUCGCCAGCAAACUCAUCAAUAAGAGGUACCCUUCAUGGCUGGAACACGCCCUGAAGCUCUCCCGUGCCCGCGGGUACUGGACGCUCUACCCCAGCGAGGUGACAGCGAGGAAUUUGGCCACUGUCCACAGCGAGCUCUACAGGGCCCCCGAGGAAUACGAGAGAGAGCUUGGAAAGGAAACGCUUGAGGAUACUGAACUGCCCGUCCCCGGGGACACGCUUUUCGAGAGCCUUCCAAGCGGCGGGCUAUUGCCGUUCGACGAGAUGGCGCUUCUGCUCUGGGAUGGGAGCGAUACAACACUGUCGGACUUGGAUGCGGCCGCGGCGAGCUACACGGACGAGUUUCGACGCGUGGUUGGGGGUUGCCAAGCAUUGGCACCUGAAGACCUCCUAGCGAAGAAGUCUAUGAAGGACUUGUUCUGUAUGAAGGAUGAUUAAACGAAUUGGCACGCUCUAGGUUACGGGGGCGAUCAUUGGAGGUCGGAUACUGUACAAGCUUUUGUAUCGAGGUGUGACCGUCGCACUGGAGCGACAUGU